GUGGGGCUGCGUUAACCACGUCUAGCUAGCUCGCCGAAAAUCAAACGAAAAAUCGCGUAGUUGUUGCAGGAGUCACCAACGAAGAGACUACGGUGGUAGUCUACACAAGUCAUACUAUAUUUCAUAUUAUUAUCGUUUCAGCAUUUUUUUGCUUGGAAUACAAUUCAUCCUCUUCUGCCUAUCUGGUUAGGUGAAUUUUCUACAAAUAAAAUAAUUAUAAAUCACACUCUACCACUUUUCUUACCGCGCUAAAUGACUAUGGGUUGCUACUUGUUUUUACAUUCAAUUUCCACCAUGGUCCAGAUGGGUGCGAAGACGACGACCAUAACCGAAUACGACGUGUUACAAGAGGAAAUGGACCUGUUAAAAAACGACCAAAAAGAACAGAAGACCACCAGCUGCGAAGAAGAACAGUCACAGCUCCCUGUUAGCAAGCAGGAAAUCAUAUGGACAAACGUCGUGUUCAUCACUUUAUUACACGUUGCGGCCGUCUAUUGUUUUUGCAAUUACUUCUUUACAACGAAAUAUCAAACUUACAUCUGGGCUUUUAUAGUCGGAGGUAUUGGUGGAUUUGGAGUUACCGGCGGCGCACAUCGAUAUUUCACUCAUAGAUCGUUCAAAGCGAAAUUACCACUACAACUAAUACUCAUAUUGUGUUACACAGUAUCGGGACAGAACGACAUACCGGAUUGGGUUCGCGAUCACCGGGUGCAUCAUAAGUUCAGCGAGACGGACGCCGAUCCACACAACGCCAACAGGGGUUUUUUCUUUUCACACGUUGGCUGGCUGAUGCAGCGCAAACAUCCUGAAGUCUAUAGAAAGGGCAAGACCAUCGACAUGUCCGACAUCAACAACGAUCCACUGGUGCAGUUUCACACUAAACACUUUCUUCUGUUCAAGUUGCUCUUAUGUUUCAUCAUACCUGUUUUGGUGCCGGUUUACGCGUGGAAUGAAAACUGGACGGAAGCCAUCAGCUCAUUGGCCAUAGUCCGGUACGUGUUGAACUUGAACUUCACGUGGUCCGUCAAUAGCGUGGCUCACAUCUGGGGAAGCAAGCCGUAUGACAAUCGCAUCCAACCAGCUCAGAACUUGAUGGUGUCCAUCGUGGCCAUGGGCGAGGGCUGGCACAACUAUCAUCACGUGUUCCCAUGGGACUACAGGGCAGCAGAGAUCGGCGGGUACCUGUUGAACACGACCACCUUGUGGCUAGACCUGUUUUCCAAGAUCGGAUGGGCAUACAAUCUCAAGACGCCGUCCAAAAAGCUCAUUCAGGAAGUGGCCGUCAGGCACGGCGACGGAAGUUGGCGAGAGGUGCCGGAAACGACGGAGCACACAGGGGACUAUAAGACUUCAUAAACAUUAAUUUAUUACAAUACAUCAUUACGUUUAAAAACGACGUUUCGAUUAUUAUUAUUAUUAUUAUUAUUAUUUAACACGCGUGUUACGUGUGCGUGUAUGUGUGUGUGUGUGUAUGUGUGUGUGUUAAAUGUUGAAUUUAGCGUGUUGUAUAUUUACGUACCUAUAACAAUAUAUAUUAUAUAUUAUACUGUUUUAUUAAUAUAGGCACCUGUUUGAUAUAACA